AUGCUCACCGAGACCUCAGCCAUGCGUCUGAUCAACACGAAGAGCAUUGAGCUCCAGUUUUUCACCGACGAUGAUGUACCAGACUACGCAAUCCUUUCUCACACUUGGGACCAAGAAGAGGUUCUAUUUCAGGAUAUCGGACUCGAAAGUGCGAAAGCGAAAAAAGGCUACAAUAAACUGCGGAAUUGCUGCCGUGUAGCUGAGCAAAAUGGUUUCGAUUACAUAUGGGAUGACACCUGUUGUAUCGAUAAAGCAAGUAGCGCAGAGCUCUCGGAGGCCAUCAAUUCCAUGUAUCGAUACUACCAGGAGGCCAACGUUUGUUACGUAUAUCUCGCAGAUGUUUCGACCACUUCCCGAAUACCUGACAGCAGGUGGUUUACCAGAGGAUGGACCCUUCAAGAGCUUAUUGCGCCUCACGAGAUUAUCUUCUUUGAUCAGCACUGGCAGGAAUUGGGUACAAAGACAUCCCUCGUUCGCAUCUUGUCAGAAAGAACGAGUAUCCCACAAUACAUUCUUUCUGAUAGCGACGAUUUAGAGACCACAAGCAUCGCACAAAGAAUGUCCUGGGCAGCUGAUAGGGUAACGACACGCAAAGAAGAUGCCUCUUCUUUAUGGUGA